UUGUUGGAUUAUCCAUUUUUUCAAAUUGUAACAAUGGAUCGAUAAAUCAAUUGGUUUAUCUAGUAAAUCUAGAUUUAUUCAAUUCCUUUACCUACCACCUUCAUAACCAUCUUCACCGCCUCUUACUUUUCUCUCUUUUCCUGUCUUCCUUUUUCAUCUCCAUCUUCAGUGAACCUGCGUUCUUUAAGAUUAACUUGUUGCAAUAAAGUUCAACAAUAAAAUCCUGAUUUCGCUACAAUUCUUGUGAGUGUAUUUAAACAACAAUUGACUCAUCAUUCAUUCCUUGAGUUUUUCUAAUUCUCUGUCCUUAUAUUCUUAAUUGCUUGAAAUCUUCCACCUACACUUUAUCUUUCAACUCAUUUUACUUUUUACUUGUUUACUGUUUAUUCACAGAAAAGAGACGAAUUACCAUGGAUUCAAAGCAGUUUCGUGAAGCAGCUAAACAACUUGUGGAUUAUGUUUGUGAUUACCUUGACAAUAUACGAGAUCGACCCGUUCUACCAUCCGUUGAACCAUUUUAUCUUGAAAAACAAUUACCCGAUUCAGCACCAGAAGAUGGUGAACCAUGGGAAUCUGUAUUCAAUGAUAUUGAAAAGUUAAUCAUGCCUGGGAUGACCCAUUGGCAUUCUCCUCGGUUUCACGCAUAUUUUCCGACAGCCAAUUCCUAUCCAUCAAUUUUGGCCGAUAUUUUAACUGGAGCUUUGGGUUGUAUUGGUUUUACUUGGAUUGCAAGUCCAGCCUGUACUGAAUUGGAAAUGUCAAUGAUGGAUUGGCUUGGUAAAAUGUUAAAUCUACCAGAAGAGUUUCUCUUUUCUUCUCGUGGUAAUGGUGGUGGAGUUAUUCAAGGGACAGCAAGUGAAGCUACUUUAGUAACCAUGUUGGGAGCUCGGAGUCAAGCACUAGCUAAACUUGCAUCUUCUUGCUCGUCAAAUCAAUCAAUACCAUUGGAUAAAUUAGUUGCUUACUGUUCAACUCAAUCUCAUUCAUCUGUUGAAAGAGCUGGUCUACUGGCUGCAAUAACUAUCCGAGCUUUAGAAACUGAUGAGAAUCUCUCUUUACGCGGAGAAACACUGGAAAAGGCAAUCAAGGAAGAUAAAGCGAAAGGAUUGAUUCCAUUCUUAGCUGUUGCCACCUUAGGAACCACUAAUAGUUGUGCAUUUGACAAUAUCGUUGAGAUUGGGGAAAUAUGUCAAAAAGAGGAUAUUUGGUUGCAUAUUGAUGCAGCUUAUGCUGGUUCAGCUUUUAUCUGUCCUGAAUAUCGUCAUUAUCUCAAUGGGGUUGAGAAAGCUGAUUCUUUCAAUAUGAAUCCCCACAAAUGGAUGCUGAUUAACUUUGAUUGUUCCGCCUUAUGGCUUAAAAAUCGUCAUCUUGUCGCCAAUGCUUUCAAUGUUGACCCAGUUUAUUUGAAGCACGAUAAACAAGGGCAAAUUCCUGAUUACCGACAUUUACAAAUUCCAUUGGGACGUCGAUUCCGUUCCUUGAAAAUGUGGUUUGUAUUGAGACUUUACGGAGUCAAAGGCCUGCAAGAAUACAUAAGAAAGCAUGUAAGAUUGGCCCAUGAAUUUGAAGCAAUGCUCAAAACAGACUCAAGAUUUGAAAUUGAGCAACCCGUUGUUCUUGGUUUGGUGACUUUUAGAUUAAAAGGUUCCGAUGAACUGAAUGAAAAAUAUUCAAAAGCGAUAAAUGAUCGUAAACAGAUACAUAUAACUCCAAGUCGUAUUAAUGGUCGUUACACCCUCCGAUUUGCUGUUUGUGCUCGUACAACUGAACAAGAUGAUAUAAAAUUUGCCUGGAAUGAAUUCCAAACCGUUGCUAGUCAAAUUUUAAAGGAAAAUGAACAAACCACAAAAUAAAAUGAACAAGCAGAAAUAAAGACAAUAUUCAGAUGUGACAAAAUUUUCAAACGUUAAGAAAUCUAACAAAAAGAUUGAAUCGUUUUUAAAGUCUAGGUUUAUCUUAAAGAAUAAUCAGUUGACUUUAUCUUUCAACUCUUUGCUUUAUCUGCUAAGCUGCAAAGAUAAAGAAAAACCCAAAAAACAAAAGCCGCCAUUUUGCAACAAAACAGUUAAACUCUUACCUCAUAGCUUUUGUGAAGCAACUUUACCCCUUAUGUCUUUGCCAUUUGAUUGCUGUGAUUUUAAAUCGUUUCAUUACAAUGUUUAAAAUUUAUAAUUAUUUCUGUAUUAAUUUGAUUCCAUCAUUGUCUAAUUGUAAUUGUGGUUAAAUUAAAGACAAAAUGACGAAAAA